ACAGUUCUUUCACUGUGGCCCAGGGAAGCCAACAGAUUGGACACCCCUGGUGUAGUGGUUCCUCCCGCUUCUCCCAUACUUGACCCUUACUUGAACUAGGAUUAUUUCUCUUUUUUUACCCUCCUGGAUGAGUGGAGGAAGUCCUUGAAAUCUAUUUUACUGCUACUGUUAUUACUACUUUUUAAAAUGGAAACAUACACAGAAGUAGAGUCAGUGAGCCCUUAUGUUUGUACCAGUUUUAUCCCACCCCUACAUUUGACCUACUUGUUCUUGUCCUCAUCUUUAAAAAAAGCGAAUUUGGCAGGACGGAGGCGGAGGAGGGCGGGCGCCGGAGCCCAGCGGGAGCCCAGCCGGAGCGGGCGUUGAAGGCUGGCGCGGCGAGCGCUGUUCGGGGCUGGAGGGGAUAGGCCGGCAAGGGCGGCCCGACCCUCCAGGAGGCCAUCCAGCGGCUGCGGGACACGGAGGAGAUGUUAAGCGAGAAACAGGAGUUCCUGGAGAAGAAAAUUGAGCAGAAGCACGGCACCAAAAACAAGCGCGCGGCCCUCCAGGCACUGAAGCGUAAGAAGAGGUAUGAGAAGCAGCUGGCGCAGAUCGACGGCACAUUAUCAACCAUCGAGUUCCAGCGGCAGGCCCUGGAGAAUGCCAACACCAACACCGAGGUGCUCAAGAACAUGGGCUCUGCCGCCAAGGCCAAGAAGGCGGCCCGCGACAACGUGGACAUCGAUAAAGUUGAUGAGUUAAUGCAGGACAUUGCUGACCAGCAAGAACUUGCGGAGGAGAUUUCAACAGCAAUUUCGAAACCUGUAGGGUUUGGAGAAAAGUCUGACGAGGAUGAGCUCAUGGCGGAAUUAGAAGAACUAGAACAGGAGGAACUAGACAAGAAUUUGCUGGAAAUCAGUGGCCCCGAAACAGUCCCUCUACUAAAUGUUCCCUCUAUAGCCCUACCAUCAAAACCUGCCAAGAAGAGGAAGACGACGACAUGAAGGAUUUGGAGAACUGGGCUGGGUCCAGCGCGGGCAGGAUGGAUAUGGUGCAGGCAGGUUCCAUCGCUCUCGACUCUCACUCCAAAGCAGUAGGGCCGCAUUGCUCACUCUCUGCAUAGCAUGGUCUGCACCUGGUGAGACGGGCAGGGGCAGGUGAAGGGGGUUGGGGAGGGCUGUGGGUGAGAAGUGCCUGCUGUUUAUAAUGUUUAAUUUCUGUAAAAUAAACUGUGUUUGCAAAUCCAAAAAAAGCAAAUUCUAGAUAUGUCAUAUUGGCCCUAAUUACAUUGGUAUGUGUCUUUUAAAAAGAUAUUUCCCCCCCAUAACCACAGUGCCAUUAUCCCCACCUAACAAAACUAACAGAUUGAUCUAUUGCCUUAGAUUGAUCUGAGUCUUAGUAUCCUCAGUUCCUUUUUGUUAUCUAAAAUAUUAAAAUAAAUAUUGAAAAUAUUAAAAUACAUUCAAGUUUGUGGUUAUCACUUUUAAAUGACCCAUUUUUCUUCAUUUACUUACAAAUAUGUUGUAAACGUUUGACUUUCUAACUUGCUAUGGAAAUUUUCAAACAAAAGUAGGUGGAAUCCAUAUAAGAAACCCUCAUGUACUUAUCACCCAGCUUCAACAGUUAUCAACCACUCUACUCAUGUAGGAGGGGAAAUUAUCAAAUCAUGCCCAAGUUUGUUUGAACUCUUCCCCUCCAACUUCCCCCUCCUGAAUUAUUCUCAGGCGAAUUCCAGAGUGGAUAUUAUUUCAUUGGCAGUCUAGUCUGUAUC